ACACGCGCGCAACAGCGCUUUUUAUAAAAACCGGCAGAUUCUCCUCGAAUCACUUGUAGCUCCACAUGCACGCACCCUCGACGCCUCCAUCCGCCCAAAUCACACACGAAGAACUGACUUCAUCACAAGAGCUUCGAACCCUCGCCCGCGCCACCCGCACCGUAACCUUUUGUUUUUUUUUCCAUUCAGUUUCACCACCACGCCGGCCGACCCGACCCGACUCAACUCACACUCCCACAGUACAGUACAGCACAGCCAUGUGUGUAUCCGUCCAUGCAUCUGCGGUCUGUCUUGUGACGGACGGGCCUGGGCAUUUAAGUAGCAACGACCCCUUCGUCCCCGCCACCUAGCUCCCUGUUGUGUCACCGCCGAGCCUCUCGCUCCAGAGCCCUUCCCUGUCCUCUCUAGCUGCUACUACUACUACUAGCACUUCCAUUUACUGGUGUUUCCUUGCUUUGACGAAGCACCAGAUGUUGUCCCACGUCGAGAUGGCCCCCGCGGCCGGCGGGUUCAAGCUCUUCGGCAAGGUCAUCACGCGCACGCAGUGCGCCGCCGAGACUGCCCCGCCGGCGGUGCCGACGCAGGAGCAGGAGCCUGCCGCGGCGGCGUCGAGGAGCACGGCCGCCUUCGCGCGGGAGAGGGACGAUCCGGACGAGCGCGACCAGCCGAUGGUGAAGCGGGAGGCGGCGGCCGCGGCGGCGUCGGACCACGACUUCGUCGUCGUCGCGGACAAGCAGCAGCAGCAGCACUCCGCCGCCGCGGGCGGGCCGGCGCCGGCGUCCGAGAGCGACGACAGCAAAGGCCAGCAGCAGCACCCGCGCCCGCGGCAACACCACCAGCAGCAGCAUCAGGACACCGUGGAGGCCCGCGCCGCGGCGGCCGCGUCGUCGGCGCCGCCGCUGCCGUGCCCGCGGUGCCGGAGCCGGAACACCAAGUUCUGCUACUUCAACAACUACAACGUCAACCAGCCGCGCCACUUCUGCAAGGACUGCCACCGCUACUGGACCGCGGGCGGCGCGCUCCGCAACGUCCCCGUCGGCGCCGGCCGCCGCAAGAACCGGCCCCUCGGCCCCGUCGGCGCCGUCCCUGUCCCCGUGCCCGUGCCCGUGCCCGUGCCGGCCCACCUGCACCCCGCUGCGGCGGCGGGCUUCGUGCUCGGCUUCCCCGGCCAGCACCCUUCCUCCCCGACGACGUCGCCGUCGACGGCCGUCUACGCGGAGCGGUGGCCGGUCUGCCCCGACCGCCGGUUCUGAUGUCGUUCUGACGUGAUUGAUCGAGCGCAGGCAGACCCCUCGGAAUCGGAUAGGAGAGCUAGUGGGGUGGUUUGACUUUGCAUAAUUUGCUGGUGAUGAGGUUGGGAAGGCUGCCUUGUUUGUACGUGCGUGAGGCUUACACAAACACCAAACCAAAGAGGGUAUGGAUUGAUGGAUGGAUGGAGGACGACGACAUGGAAAUGGCUUCUGUUUUCAUCUCUUUUUCUCUGUGUCUAGCUCGUCUGUUUCCUUCUUUUGUUGUCUUUGCUACUAAAGCUUGGCUUUAGCUAGUAGUACCUUACCUUGCAGUUGCAAAUGUGUGUAAAAAAGUGUAAAUGUAACAGCAGGGGAAGGUUGCAAACACCCAGCGUGCGUGCUCAAAUGUGAUGCGA